AUGGAUUACGUAAAGUAUAUGUUAGUUCUAGUAGUGAUGUUUGUGGAUAGCGAUGCGGGUGGUCACGAGGAAAGCCAUGACCACGUAAAGGUGCACGUCCCAGAAUUCUUUCACCACGAUCAUCAUACGAAAGUAAUCACUAUUCAUCAUCAUCAUCAUAAGCCGAAGAAGGAGCAUCACCACCACCAUCAUCAUCACAAGCCAAUCAUUCCGUAUGGGCCACCAAAGUUUUAUCACACUCAUCACCAUGCGAAAAGUUCGUCCCAUAUUGUAUCUAAAGGACAUACCAGCGUUGGUAAAAAUCACGGGAACCAUGAGCAUCAUGGAAAACAAGGGCAUCACGAGAAACAUGGGCAUUUUGGACAUCAUUCUCAUUCCGGUCAUGAUGGUCACCACAGUUACAAGCACCACGAUGCACCAAGCUAUGAUCCAGCCUCAAUUAACUAUGAUCCUCCAAUGGUGAACUAUGCACCACCUUCUGUUAACUAUAGCCCAAGUGCGUCAUACGGAAGCGAUCAUAGCUCCUUCUUACCAUCAGUCCCGAACAUACCCAGUCCUCAAAUACAUGGAGUCGUGCAUACAGUACAACAAGUUAAAGUGUUCGAUUCUUUACCUGGAGCUUUAAAGACAGGAUCAACAGGUUACGAAGUGACAGAACAUGGUGACGAAGGUGAAGAAGACGUAUUUUCUUCUGUCAAUUCUUUAUCUGAAUCGUAUCCAGGGACAUUUGGAGAUUUGAGGAAUGCGGCUGAACAGAGCGAUCCUUAUUCAGAUACGGAUAUAACACAUUCAAAUUCUCAUCAGUCGCCCAAUACUGAUCCUUUUUCUAAUGCUCAACCACAAACUUCAUAUGCCAAUCUCGAAGAUUUUAAGAUACAAAGUCAAUCAGCCCAGUCUAUACCAAAUGUUCAACCGUCAUAUUCGGGGGUGACAGGGUUUUCUAAUGCUCAACCACAGAAUUCUUAUGCCAACCUCGAUGAUUUUACGAUGCAAAGUCAAGCAGCCCACUCUAUACCGAAUUUUCAACCAUCCUACUCUGGGGUGACAGGGUUUUCUAAUGUUCAACCACAGACUUCUUAUGCCAACCACGAAGAUUUUACAAUCCAAAGCCAAUCAACCCAGUCUAUACCAAAUGUUCAACCAUCAUAUUUUGGGGUUACAGGGUUUUCUAAUAUUGAACCACAGCCUACUUAUGCCAACCGCGAAGAUUUUAUUAUCCAAAGCCAAUCAGCCCAGUCUAUACCAAAUGUGCAACCAUCCUACUCUGGAGUGACAGGGUUUGAUAAUAACGAUAAUUCUGUAUUAGCCAAUGAUUUAAGUGGAGCUUCAAUUCUAUCAUUUGCUGAAGCUGACCAAGAUGAUACUCCUGUUAGUUUUUCAAGAGAAGCUGGUUUACAACGAGCUAUUAAUACUGGGGGAAUUGAAACUGUAGCAUAUUAA